AAGACCGGGGCUGUGUGAAUGGGCAAGGGACGUAAAGGGAGGAGAAGGGCCUCUGUUACUUAACUAAACCCAGAAAAGAAACCGUCAACAGCCAGUCCUGCCGAAGGAUUAACUCCUCGUCCCUGCUAAGAUGGGGCUCCCCUCGGUGAUGGUGUUGCCCAUGCUGGUCGUCGUGGCGGCGGGGGUGUACUACAUCUACAACCAGGUCAUGACCUUCAUGUCCAAGUCUCUGGUCCGGAACAAAGUGGUGGUGAUCACCGAUGCCGUCUCCGGGGUGGGAACUGAGUGUGCCCAGCUCUUCCAUAAAGGAGGUGCCAGGCUGAUUCUCUGUGGAAGCAGCUGGGAUAAACUGGAGUCUUUGUAUGAUUCCCUGACCAAAGAAGCGGACCCCAGAGAGACUUUUGCCCCGAAGCUGGUGAUCCUGGACUUCAGCGACGUGGACGGCGUGGAGGAUGUGGCUGCUGAGGUGAUGGACUGCUACGGCUGCGUGGACGUGCUGAUCUGCAACAGCAGCAUGAAGCUGAAAGCCCCGGUUCAAAGCAUCUCCCUGGAAGUGGACAGAAACAUCAUGGACAUCAACUACUUCGGGCCCAGCUCUCUGGCUAAAGGUGUGCUUCCAUCCAUGAUGUCCAGAAGAUGUGGACACAUCAUACUGGUGAACAGUAUCCAGGGACGACUGGCGGUUCCCUUCAGAAGUUCAUUCGCGGCCUCCAAGCAUGCGGCUCAGGCCUUCUUCGACUGCCUGCGGGCCGAGGUGGAGGAGUACGGGAUCUCGGUCAGCACCAUCAGCCACACCUUCAUCAACGCCUCGGCUCCGCCGGCCCCGCCCCCUGAGACUGACCCCGCCCCCAAGACCAAUGUCCUGGCCGAGUUCAUCGCCGGUCAGCUGACCCACGGCGUGCGGCCGUCCGUGCUGGCCAAUGAGAUUGUGCAGACGGUGAACAGGAAGAGGAAGGAGGUGCUUCUGGCCCACCCCAUCCCCCUGGUGGCCCUGUACCUCCGCUCCCUCCUGCCCCCCGUCCUCUUCGCCGUGCUGGCGGCAGGAGUGAAGGACUCGGCGCUGGCCGAGCAGCUGCUGUAGGAGGAAGCAGAAAGAUUCGCAGAUCACGAGGAAAUAUAGAGUUUGGAAAUGAUAAAAAAAGUAUGUGCAUCUUCUGAAGGCUCCAGGCUGGUGCAAUAACAAUAAAAGGAAAGAGAUCCGAUUCAUGCAAGGAAAAACAAGCUAACUCAAUGUCAAUAUUAACAUGCACAAUUGAUAUUUAAAUUAGUUCAUGUUUCCAGGUCAUUUAAUUAAAAAAAAACAAAAAACUGCAUAACUUCACCACUAAGAUGUGUUUUAACUCCAUUUUAGACUCCACUGAUUCAUCGAGGUGCUGUUGAUGCAAGCAAAGCCUGUUUGUUGGGAUGAAGGGGGUAUAAUACUGAACUACUACUCCGACGCUUUUACACGUUUUAGCAAUAGUUACGGUUUAUAAAUGGCAAAAAUUGCCAAUUUUAAUUUAAAAAUUCACUUGAGGGCCGUAAUGAAGGCAGAUGAAGGCCUCAUGUGGUCUGAUGAAUUCUAAUCAAUUUACAUCAGAUCUUCAAACAAGAUCUUUCUUUCAAGAUCUCAUAUAUUCAAUUUCACCAAGAUAUUGAAUUUCAGUGUCUGUCUUUAAAGACUAAGACGAAGUUUGGUGUCUGUUUAAAAAAGACAAAUGUUAUUAAUGUGAGACUGUGAAACAGUGUGAAACUGAUUGAAAUUCCUGAACUUAGAGUUAGAAAACUCUCAACAGGCUAAAAUUGUCUUGAAAAAGUUUUUACAAUCUUAUUUCUUCAGGUGCUACAGUAUGUAUACCAGCAAGCCAGCAAAGUGUCUUUUAAAGAUUGUACAUUAUCUUCAAGUUCAAGUUGAUCAUAUCCUUGAAGAAAAAAAACAGUCAUCAAACUGAAUAAAGUUUUAAUUUGUUGUGUGUUCACUCGUUUAAUUCUACAGUAAAAUGUUAAUGUGAGGUGUUGUUGCUGUGUUGACACAUGAAAUAUUUUCUCCUCCACUCUCAUCUCUUCAUUGUCUUUUAUUUGAACCUGUAAAGAUGACUGAUUAGUCACAUUUUUAAUAAAAUUAUCAGUCCCACCAGGAAAUAUUUUUAGUUUUUGGUCCAACAGCUGCACAGGACUCUGUUUGUAAAGGAGCAGAAUGAAACAUUUCUGUGAUAUCAGUUCAGUACAUUAGAGGGAAGUAGUGAGUCAGUUUGUUUUCAGCUCUCACUGUAAC